AUGGCAUUUGGACAGAGAAAUACCUCAAGAGGAGGUCGCGGUGGCGGUGGAAGCAGUUUUAGAGGUCGGGGAGGUAGUAGAGGUGGUCCACGAGGGGCUAGAGGAGGGGCUAGAGGAGGAAGAGGAAAAGGUAGAGGAAGGCCUGUGUUUGACAGUGCUAGAUUAGCACAACAAAAGGAAAAUAAUGAGGAAGAUUCGGAAUCUGAAGAAUCAAGCCAGGAUGAAGCAACGGAGAGUGAAGAGGAAUCUAGCGACGAUGAGGAUGAUGCGGAACCGGCACCUGCUGUAAAGUCCUAUGCGGCUUUAAUGCAGAGUUUUGCUACCGAUGCUGCACCACAAGCCAAGCGAAGGAAGCUCACUAUCGAUAAAGAGGAAAAAGAGGACGUGGAGGCAGAUCCAAUGGACCAGGAUACAAACGAUGCGGAUGAUGUUGAAGAAGCAGAAGAGGGGCCUGAAACUGCAACAGAUGGCCUGCCCGAGGAUGAUGACGAUGAAGAAGACAACUCAGAUCCUUUUGAAGCUCAUUUUGCCAAUCCGGAUGAUAACAUACUAUCAAGGAGAUUACAACAUUUAGAAAAGGGACAAUGGGCCAUACAAAAGACUCCACUCGCAAAGGUUGGAAAGGCUAUUACGAGUAUUCCUGGUGAUGAUGAACCAAAGCAGACGAAACCAAUGAGUAUCAAUAGUCCGGAAGAACUCAAAUUGAAACAAAAAUUGGCAGGCAUUAUCAAGAAGCAAUGUCCGACUUUCGAUACAUUGGAAAAGUCUAUAUCUCCUCUUAUAUUCGGAUAUCAGGAUCUGCUGUUCUGUGAGCGCAAUACAUCUAAUGCAGAAAGCCUGAGGAGGUUAACCUGUCUCCAUGCUGUUAAUCAUGUGCUCAAGACUCGAGAUCGUGUCAUCAAAAACAAUUCUCGCCUUGCCCGAGAAGUCAACAGCGAUGACUUGGAACUACGAGAUCAAGGUUUCACAAGACCUAAAGUGCUUAUGCUUUUGCCUACUCGCGAAUCUUGCGUUAGGAUGGUUGAUAUGAUCACCUCAAUAUGCGAGCCAGAUCAACAGGAGAAUCGAAAACGAUUCAAUGAUUCGUAUGUCGACAAAGAGGAGAAGUAUUCCACUGACAAAGCAGAAGAUUUCCGAGAACUCUUUGCAGGCAACGAUGAUGAUAUGUUCCGUCUUGGUUUGAAGUUUACUAGAAAGACCAUCAAGUAUUUCUCACAAUUUUAUAACUCUGAUAUCAUUUUUGCAAGUCCCCUUGGUCUGAGAAUGGCCAUUGGAAAUGAAGAUGCCAAGAAAGUAGAUCAUGAUUUUCUCAGCUCAAUUGAGAUGGUCAUAGUUGAUCAGGCCGAUGCUCUUCUCAUGCAAAAUUGGGAGCAUGUUGAGUUUAUCUUUGAUCAUCUCAAUCUCCAGCCAAAGGAAGCUCAUGGCUGCGAUUUCAGUCGUGUGAGAAGUUGGUAUUUGGACAAUAAUGCUAAAUACUUCCGUCAAACUAUUGCUUUGGCAAGUUUCAAUACGCCAGAGCUUAAUACCAUGUUUUAUAACCAGUCUAAGAAUUGGGCAGGGAAGGUCAAGGUCAGCUCGACUUAUUCAGGAGCCAUUCAGGAAUUGGCUUUGAAGGUUAAACAGACUUUCUCACGACUCGACUCCCAAUCGUUCUCCUCAGACCCAGAUUCACGCUUCGAAUAUUUCACAUCAGCAAUAAUACCUACUUUGACUCGUAGGAGUAAAGAUAGUGCUGGAACUGUGCUAUUCAUUCCCUCGUACCUCGAUUUCGUGCGAGUGAGAAAUUAUUUCUCGACUUCAGCCACCACAAACACUUUGUCGUUUGGCAGUAUCUCGGAAUAUACCACACCAAAAGAAGUUGCAAGAGCCAGGUCCCAUUUUUACAGUGGUCGACACACUGUUUUACUUUAUACCGAAAGAGCACAUCAUUUCCGAAGAUACCAAAUCAGGGGUGUCAAAAAGGUCAUCAUGUAUGGUCUACCAGAUAAUCCGAUUUUCUACAAGGAAAUCGUAGGAGGCUACCUCAGCAGAAGUGUGAGAGAAGGUGAUCUAGAGCCUGGAGAGGGAAGUGCACGAGUGGUGUUUUCCAAAUGGGAUGUCAUGAAAUUGGAAAGAGUAGCGGGCACAGAAAGGGUUGGGAAGAUGAUCAAGGAGAAAGGCGAUACUUUUGAUUUCUUAUAA